GGAUUUCAUCAGUGACCAUGAAGUCGGUUAACUUUUUGGACCGACGAGGACGAACUCAUAUUUUUCUCUUCUCAUAUUCAAUUUGAAGCUCAGAUCAUGAUGAACUCAUUAAAAUCAGUAUUACUGUUAGGACUUGCCGCUGGGUCAGCUAGCGCACACAGUCACGAUGGUGCGCAGAAGCCAUUGGCGUCCAGCGAUUCCUGCAAGCACCCCGCCUAUCAGAGUCGCAUAGUAUCCAAAUCGCCGUUGGUCAUAUACCUAGAGGGAUUCGUCACAGCCGAAGAGCAAGCACAUUUACAAGAGAUAACCAAAGAUACGUUCUCUCACUCAGCCGUUGCCGACGAAUCUGGAGCUCAAGGGCUACGUCAGACGCGGACUUCCCAGUCAACCAAUGUUCCGCGCAACGCUGUAGUCCGAUGCAUCGAGGAACGGGCUUUGCUUUUCCAAGGCUUCGACAUCCCGCGGACGCACCUCGAGCCGCUGCAGCUAGUCAAGUACGGGUUAGGAGAGCGGUAUCAUUUCCACACGGAUUGGUACACAAACGAUGCGCACGCCACAUCUGCGCUGGGAGGAAACCGGCUCAGCUCGUUUUUCGCGUAUGUCUCAGCCUCUGACGACAUCACGGGUGGCGGCACCAAUUUCCCCAUGGUAUCCGCGCCUAUCAAUGAGCGCUGGUGUGGGUUUGUCGACUGUGAUGAGCCGUGGGAGAACGGGGUGACGUUUAGGCCUGUUGUUGGGAAUGCUGUAUUUUGGCAGAAUUUGAACGAAGAUGGUACAGGGGAUCAGCGAACACUGCAUGCUGGUUUGCCGGUUACUAGCGGUUCGAAAAUAGGGAUGAAUAUUUGGACGAGGCAAGGUCCACUGAGUGAAGAUAUUCGAGGACCAGAUGUCUGAUCUGUGGCUUGGGGUGUUAGAAAUGAUUUUACAUGUUUUGAAUAACUACUGUACGGCUAUAUGUA